UCAAACUCAUGUGUUGGCCACCGCGUGCGUGUAGUUUUUCUUUUCGCAUGGCUACAAACAAAUAGUUAAUUUGUAAUGAAAAGUAGCUGAAAUAUUACUGUAAACGUGUAAUUUAUGUAAAUCAAGAUGUCUACUACCGAUCUAGAAAAUAUACUUGAGAAAUUCAGUCUCUUUACACAGAAACCAGUGAAGUUUUUGACUGUGCAAAAAGAUGCUCACGAUGAUAUCAAAAAUCUGGUCAAAUCUAUGUAUGAUUUUACCAAAUCACAGGAAGAUAAUAAGUGUAAGUCAAAGGCAUCCGCUCUUCCUGAUUUGAUAGUGAAAGACUUUGAUGAAGAGCAGAUUUGGCAGGAAAUUGAGCUACAGAACACAGAAUGUUGGGAUGGCCUUGUAUGGGAAGUGGCCAACUCUAUGACCGCAAAGAAAGACUUGCUGUUCCCUAUUAAGGACCCAGAAAUACAAAGUGAGCAUGAUGAUGCCAGUGAAGUAGAUGGAGCUAGUGGAAAUGAUGGAGAAUUGGAAGAAAGUGAUGGAGGCUCACAAUCCGAGCCAGAAAAUGAUGAACCUCAACAAAAACAUAAAGUAUCGAAACCAAAGAUCAAGUCAAAACCAUCAGUUGUGGAUGACAAAUUUUUCAAGCUUCAAGAUAUGGAGAAGUUUCUUGUUACUGAAGAGAGAAAAGACGGAAAGGUGCCAAAACAAGCAGACAGUGAUGAAGAGUCCAUAGAUAUGUUUGAUGAAAUUGAUAGUGAAGGAUCAGAUGAGGAGGCAGAGGAAGGCAAGGAUAUGAUGUACAAUGACUUCUUCAAUAAUGAGAGUCAAGAGCAAGAUAGCCAAGCUGACUUUGAAGAAAAUGAUGAGCAAGAUGAUGAACAGAUGAGUGAAGAAGAUGAGCAAACACCUGUAAAGAAAAAGGGCAAGAAAGUUUCUUUUGCAGACAAAGAUGAAAAUGCUUCUGAUGGAUCAGAGAAUGAAGAUGAUGAUGAUGAGGACAAAAAUAUGUCAGAUGAUGGUGGAGAGAGUGAAGACAGUGAAACUACAACUAACAAAAUGGUAAAUGCUGCAAAGCCUGAAAAAAUUGAGAAGAAAUCAGAAUUUGAGAUGCGCCAAGAGAGGCUUCAGCAGACCAUUACUCGGUUAGAAAACAAAUCUCUAUCAGAAGCCCCGUGGCAGUUGAAAGGAGAAGUAGAUGCUACAAAACGCCCCCAAAAUUCAUUACUACAAGAAGUUGUCGACUUUGAUAUGACCUCACGCCCGCCUCCAGUAAUAACUGAGCAGACUACAAUUACUUUAGAAGAUUUAAUCAAACAGAGAGUCAAAGAUAAAGCAUGGGAUGAUGUUGUGAAGAAAGAAAAGCCAACAGAAGAUGUAUUGGCAUUCAGAAAACCUGAAGUGCUUGACCAUUCAAAGAGCAAACAGAGUCUUGCACAAGUGUACGAAGCUGAGUAUCUCAAACAGAAACAUUCUUCUACUGAUGAUGCAGAGAAUGAAAAUGAGCCAGAAGCACACAAGGAAGUCCGAGAAGCUAUGAACAGCUUGUUCAGUAAACUUGAUGCACUUUGCCACUACCAUUACACCCCAAAAGCUGCUCAGCCAGAGGUUAAAAUCGUUAGUAACACCCCAGCUAUAUCAAUGGAAGAGGUGGCACCGGUCGCUGUCAGUGAUGCUGCAUUAUUGGCUCCAGAAGAAGUUAAGAGGAAGAAAGCAGGAGAACUAAUGAGCAAGGAUGAGAGAACUGACACAGACAAGAAGAGGGAACGGCGUAAGAAGAAGAAGUUUCAGCAGAAGAAAGGAAAAGUGGAAAAGGUCACAGAACAGAGGAAUACGAAGAAGGGUGUUGAAGCUAAUACGGACAAGUCGUUGAAGACAUCCAAGGCGUUCUUCCAACAGCUGAACGAUGACACAACUAGUUUAAUCAAGUCUAGUAAUGCUAAACGUAAGAAUGUUAAGAAUAAAGGACAAUAAAUUAUGUGCUUAUUGCCUGUAUACAUAAAAA